CUGCAUGUCAUCAAGGCAACAAGUCCUCAUUGCAAUUACAAAUCCUAUCAUUUGCAAUCAUUUCCUAUGUCAUCUAAACCUUCUUUUAACAAAACAAAAACCAUGUUGAAGAAGCAAUCUGUCUUGUCCUUCUCACUAGUAAUGCUAAUUUCAUUUAUGUAUUCGACAACCACCUUAGCCCAAUUAUCACCAGCUUCAGCCCCUCUCAAACCGCCCCAACCUGCUCCUACCAUACCAGCUGCGGCUCCUCAACAACCAUUGGUUCCCUCAUUGCCACAGUCACCAAGUGAUUCCACUCCUGAAAGUACUCCAGCACUUGACAUUGUUGGAAUCCUGAGGAAGGCAAAGUCAUUCAACAUCCUAAUCCGUCUCAUGAAAACCACCCAAUUGAUCAACCAACUCAAUGCACAGCUCCUCACUACUAAAUCAGGUGGCAUUACCAUUCUUGCACCUGAUGACAGUGCCUUCUCAGAACUCAAAGCAGGGUUUCUCAACUCUCUUUCUGAUGGGCAAAAGCUCGAGCUCUUACAGUUCCAUGUUCUUUCAGACUAUGUCUCUAGCUCCAACUUUGAUACACUGACAAACCCUGUUAGAACACUAGCAGGGGCUAAACCUGGAAAGGUGGAACUGAAUGUGAUAAGUUACGGAGGGAGUGUGAACAUCUCAACGGGUGAGGUUAACACCACCAUCACUGGCAUUAUAUAUACUGAUAAGCAUCUUGCUAUUUAUAAGGUGGGGAAAGUGCUUCUUCCUACGGACUUCUUUGCAGUUACCAAGGCACCUGCAAAAUCACCCUCUUUGGCUCCAGAACCUUCAAGUGACACCGCAAAGGCACCUAAAGCUCAUAAGGACGAGUCAUCAUCUUCAGAUUCGUCACAGGUUAAUCCCACUGAACAGAACUCUGGCACCGAGAAGAUCGCUGUGUACGGAAUGUGGAUGUCACUUGGACUUGGAGUACUUCUCAUGAGUGUGAUGACAACAUAAACCAGAACCAGGAAAAGAUCAUAUCUGAAUUUUCCAACGUUGUAGCUAGUUGCUACACCAUAUGCUAUAUAUAUUAAUACCGAGAGUGUUACGAUGAGUUAUGUAAUUGUGAGAAAGAAGUGAUGAAUUUGUUGAAUACUGGAUCACGGGAUCUAUUGUUGUAUCUAUGAAAUUAUUCUAAAACAAGAGUAUUAUGCUAUGAUCGCUUCUGUUAUA